AUGUUCAGCCGGCACAAGACACCCAAAGGUCACAGUGCCGGUGCUUCUACCUACGACGACCACACGAGGGGUACGCAGUCUACCCUGCUCGAGCUUGGCCUAGUCAGCCCCAAAUCGGUGCGGGAUCCCCAGCGAUCCAAAUAUUCCGCCGGCGGUGUGAACCCCUACGACAGCGACGUACCAACUUUUCCCGAAAAGGGACACUCCAUUGCGGCCGGUACCGUACGAGGACACAGAGGUCAUCGCCACACAGCUUCCUCCGGCUCAGCGAGAUCAACGGAUAGCAACUCCAAGACUGUGCGCAGCUCCCACGACCAUGGCGACCAACACAGACCGACGAGGCAACCGCCGAUCUCGGCGCAGCGCCGCCCGGUCCUCACCAACGCCAAGAUUGAAGAUGCCUUUGCAAGACCACCUUCACCAGCCAGGAGCGCUCCUCGCUUCUACCCCUACGAAUCGCCCGAGGUCCUCGAAGAAAUCACGGAGAGCUUGAGGAAUAGGGUAGAUAACUGGCACGGUCUUGAUUUCAGCAGAUUUGGCAAGUUGAGACUGUACGGAACCCUCCGUGUCGGCAAGGACAAGCUUUCCUGGCAAGAAUUGGAAUGUUUCCUUUUCGCCGAGAUGUUGAUCUGCGUCAAGGAGAAGAAAGUCAUCCUGGCAAAUCAGUGGGAUGAGAACGGCCUGCCCAAGAAGUCGACCCGGUGCACCCUGAAGGGCUCUAUCCUCAUCAAGAAGCAUCUGAAUGAGGUCACCGAGACGGGCAACAUUGACGAGAACGUACUCACCCUGAGCCUGUCCGUUGCCGAGCUGCCACAGUUCCACCUGCGAUUCGAGAACCGCAAUCAGUUGAAGCUCUGGCAACAAGCGCUACUCGAUCUUAAUGCUGUCGAGACGUCACCCAUCCGCAGCCCCGAAUACGACCGCGGCGACCUGUCCGAGGUGGAGGAAGAGGACUGGCAAAGGUCCCGCCCGCAGCGUGUGUCGUCGGUGGCCUCAUCAUGGGGAGGCGCGAAAUCCGCGACCACAGCACCGACCGAAUACACCAACUUUCAACGGAGUCCUGGUCUGCCCGCUCUCGUCCACGUUCCCAUCGACGUCGUCGUCGUUGUUCCCAUCUCCUCCUCUAUGCAGGGCGUCAAGAUCAACCUCGUUCGUGACGCCCUGAAGUUCAUGAUCAACACCCUGGGUGACCGCGACCGGAUGGGCCUCGUCACUUUUGGCUCGGGCGGUGGAGGAGUGCCAUUGGUGGGCAUGACGACCAAGGCUUGGCCUGGGUGGAAUAACAUCCUCUCCGCCAUCAAGCCGAUUGGCCAGAAGAGCCAUAGAGCCGACGUCGUUGAGGGUGCCAAUGUGGCGAUGGAUCUCUUGAUGCAACGCAAGCACAACAAUCCCAUCGCGACAAUCAUGCUCAUCAGUGAUGCCUCGACGUCGGAUGCGGAUAGCGUAGAUUUUGUCGUGUCUCGGGCUGAGGCCGCCAAGAUCACUAUUCACUCUUUCGGGUUGGGCAUGACUCACAAGCCGGAUACCAUGAUCGAGCUGUCGAGCAGGACCAAGGCGUCGUACACCUACGUCAAGGAUUGGAUGAUGCUCCGCGAGUGUCUCGCCGGCUGCCUGGGCGCCAUGCAGACCCUCUCCCACCAGAACGUCAAGCUGAAGCUCAAGCUGCCCGAAGGCUCACCGGCUAAAUUCCACAAGAUCAGCGGGGCGCUGCAAAUCACCAAGCGCGCCACUGGCCGAGACGCUGAGGCCGCCUUGGGCGAUCUCCGCUUCGGUGACAAGCGCGAUAUCCUGGUGCAGCUCGUCAUUCUGCCCGACAAUGCCUCGCAAGAGCAACUUCCUCAAGAUCCUUGGGACAACAUUGUCUCGGGCCUCGAGGCCCUGGGUGGAUCAGGCGAGAGCGACGAGCAGCGGGUGGCGUCUGUCGAGGAGGUGCCGCUUAUUCAGGCUGACCUCACUUGGGGCGACAUUCUGAGGGACGGCACGCUUUCCCACAUGCCGCGUCCUACCCUCUUGGCAAUCACCAUGCUCCCAGCCCAGGCCAAGGCCAAGAACUCAUGGUCCGGAUCGCCACCCAUUCCUCCCCAUCCUGGUAUCGUUCAGCGACGGAUGGAACUCCUCACGUCGGACAUGCUCACCCGCGCCUUGACCCUCGUCUCUCGCGGCCAGCACGACCGUGCCCAUACCCUUCUCAACGAGACACGCUCCAUACUCAAGGGCCUCGGCAAGGGCGGGCUACCGCCUGUCCCCUCGCUGCCCCCGAACAAGUCGCUGCCCUCCACUCCUCAUCCAGGCCAUGACGGCUCGCCAACUACGGGCACUCCGGACCCGCAAGCGCACACCUUCCCCUACCCAAUCUACCACCUCCUCCGCCAUGGAUCGCUUCCCGGCGCCUGGCAUUGGCCGCAGCCGCUCACACGACGGCCUCAGUCUCAGCACUGGCAUCGACGCCAGCACCGUGGCUGCCUUGAUGCAGAGCUCGAGAGCAGCCUCGAGUGGAUCAGCCAUCCGGCCGUCUUUGGCCGCGACAGCCGCAAGGCUGUGCUUCAAGCCUAUUGGCGUCAUCAGCUCACAACGCGCCUUUACUUUCCGAACGCCGAUCGAGUCCAUCUGGUCUGGUAG